AACACUCCCAACCACCACCCCCUACUGCCUUUCCUCCCGCGCAAGAACCUCCGUGCCGUGUGCACUUAAAGAACCGACAAGAUGGCCUGGGGCAGCAAACCCAAACCCGCACCUCCCAAAGUCGCCCCUCCGCGCACGGCACCCAUCCCCCACGCCAUCCCCAGCAGCGCCAACGGCCCCGUCAUCGACGCGACGACCAUAACCUCUCUCCUCGCCGUCGUGAUCCUGCUUGCGAGCGCGUACUUUGCGUCCGUCCGGCUGCUGCCCAAGACGGCGACGCUCAAGACGCGCGUGCUCUUCAUCUGGCACCUGUUCGACGCGCUCAUCCACCUCGUCUUCGAAGGCUCCUUCCUGUACAACUGCUUCUUCGUCUCGUACUCGCUGCCGACGUCCUUUUCGGCGCAGAACCGGCACCACCCGGCCAUCCGCAUCCUCACGCCGCCGGACGUGUAUUGGCUGGGGCGAGAGGACCGGCUGUACGGCGCGAGCUAUGGCCAGGGAGUGUUUAGCAAGUUGUGGCAGGAGUAUGCGAAGGCGGAUCGCAGGUGGGGGGGCGUGGAUUUGACGGUCGUGACGCUCGAGGUUCUGACGGUCAUGGUGGGCGCGCCGUUGGCGUUGGUCGUGUGUCAGAUGUUGAGGGGGGAGGAGAGGAAGGGGGGGUUGAGGAAGUGGUUUUGGAUGGUCGUGUUGGCGACGGGGGAGUUGUAUGGGGGCUGGAUGACAUUCGGACCCGAGUGGCUGACGGGCUCCCCCAAUCUCGACACCUCGAAUUGGAUGUAUCUAUGGCUCUACCUCGUCUUCUUCAACGGCCUCUGGGUCGCGUUCCCGCUCUGGAUCCUGUACGAGGCGUAUCGGGCGCUCGGGUCGGCCAUGAGUCAGGCUGAGGUGGUGGAUUUGGUGAAUUAUUUGAAGAAGGACGAUUAGUGGGUCAAUAGAAUAGGGGGAAGGAAAGAAGGAUGGAUUUGGGUGGGGGGAAUAUGGAAUUGGGACUGCAGCUGGGGCUUCUCUUGUAAGGGGGAAGAAAGGGAGACCGAUUGUUGAUGUGAUGAGUCGAUGGUGAGGGUGCUUUUUGGCAUAUGAGCGUUUUCGCGGAUACCCAGUUAGCGAUGUAUAUGAAUGCUGGUUCUCAAGUCAUUGAUCUGGUGGUGUAAAGGAAGUGAGAUUUUGUGGGGAUAAGGGGUGAUUGACGUGAUGAGAUCGGUGUGGGAUAGAGAGGAUGGAUGAGG